UUAAAAAUGAAAAUAUCCUUUUUAAUCUGAUGCUUAAUAAUACUAGCAGCAUCUAAGCUUACUGUGUAUAAUCCUCAGAAAUUGAAGAAGAAGGUGGAUAAAGAGAAUGGAGGAUCCAUAAAAUUCUCUAUUGCUAACUUUGGACAUACUCCUUACGGACACUCUAUCAUUGGGAAUGUUUGGUAUAGUGAAGAAGAUAAAUCUGGAUGCGAGGAGCUCAAAAUGAAUAUUACUGCUGAAGGAGAUCCAGAUGCCUACCCCUCCCCUAUUGUACUUGUUGAAAGAGGAAAUUGUACGUUUGUAAAAUAAGGUAAGAAACGUAGAGCAUGCUGGUGGAUCUCUAGCAAUCAUUAUUGACGACAAACCUGGAGAGAUGAUGGAUCAUAUUAUUAUGGUGGAUGAUGGAACUGGAGCAGGAAUUAAUAUUCCUUCUAUGCUCAUUAGCACAAAGGAUGGAGAGUUACUGAAAAAUCAGCUUAGUCUAUGCAAAGAAGAAGGAACCAAAUCGUGUGUAUCACUCAUAGCCACCUUUGAUCUUCCUCACCCAGAUGACAGAGUUGAAUAUGAUUUUUGGUACUCAAGCUCUAGUGAUCAGGCAAUUGAUUUCCUGGUAGACUUUGAUAGGUUCAACCAAAAAUUUAAGAAAGAUGUUCUAUUCACUCCAAGGAUUGUUACAUGGCCUUGAUUAAAUUGUGAUGAUGAAUUUAAAACCAAUAAUUGCUUUGGAAAUGGAAAAUACUGUGCAUUUAAUCUAGAAAACCCUCUCAACAAUGGAAAAGAAGUGCUAUAUGAAAAUCUGAGAGAGAAAUGUCUUUACAGUAAACUCAAAAAUCAAGGUAAAGAGCAAGAUUGGUGGAAUUAUAUGCACUAUGUGCAUGCUAAUUGUAGACACGACAUUAACCAAGACUGCUCAAAGAACGGAAUUGAGUCUAUCGGAGUUGAUUUUUCCUCAAUUGAUACUUGUGUAGAAGAAUCGUUCAUAGGUGACGAUCAUGGCAAAUCUGUCAACCAAAUUUUGGAUAUCGAGAAUAAAGACUGGAAUACUAAUGGACCUCAUAUCUUCCCUGCUAUUGUGAUUAACAAAGUGGCUUACAGAGGAUUCUUGACUCCAGAAAAUAUCUUCCAAGCGAUCUGUGAAGGGUUUAAGAAUGCUCCAAAGGAAUGCAAAUCAGUGCGCCAUAAUGAGGAAGUACCUACAAAUGGGAUCAGCAUAAGAACAACGAUUAUUGUUAUCGCUGCCAUUUUAGUUUGUAAUCUAAUUCUCUUGAUGCUCUACAGAAGAUACCAUAAGAAGGAGAUGCAGUCUGAAGUCAAGAUGGCAGCUCACUCAGCAGUUUCACAAUACUUUGCUAUCAGGAACAGUGAAAGAGAACUGGAAUCACAAGACUUAUCUACUUAAGAUACUCAACUAUAUAAAGAUGAAACAUUUUCAUAAAUAUUAUGAAUAGCUUUAUGGCUCUA